UUAAAAAGUUAAGAAAACGAUAGCAAUUUUUGUGAAUGUGAUGAAUCAAAAAUGAAUAUUUUGGGAAUUUAUUAAUUUACUCAUUUGAAAAAGUAGUACUCAUUUAAUGCACAAAUAAAUCCAUAACAACUGCAAAUUUAGAAAUUUAAGGACUUUAGAAAGCGGAUCAAACUUCUACAAACAAUCAUUGUUCUAAAUUAAACAGACUUUCGGCAGCAAAACAACAAUGCUUUAAAAUUUGGUAAGAAAUAUGUUACACACUGUAUACUUACUAUAUAAUAUACAAUAGUAAACAACAAAAAUGGCACAGAGUUCACAUGGAGGUAGCCAUCGCAGAAGUCGUGACCAUGAGGGUGCAAUGCGAUACACAAAUACAGACUGGGAGGCAAAAGAAGCUGUGUACAUUCGGGAACUGGAUGAGGCACGAGCUAGAGCUACUCAAAUGGAAAAGACAAUGAGGUGGUGGUCCGAUUGCACUGCCAAUUGGAGAGAAAAAUGGAGUAAGGUACGUAAUGAAAGAAAUAAGGCCAGAGACGAAGCAAAACAACAUAAAAGUAAAGUUGAUAUCCUUUCCAAGGAAGUAAACACUCUCAAAUCUGAAAAGGGAGAUUUAGAACUACUAAUAGAAGAGCUUAAAAGAGACAAUGAAAAGCUUCUCAGCUUAGGUGAAAAGAGGAUUGUAUCUGGUGACUUGAGUACAGAGGAUGGUGUUGAAUUGAGGAAAAAGAACACUGGUUUUAUAUCACCAAAUGAAUCCUCUGCCCGCCAAAGGGCUUCAUUAGAUUCUCAUAAAUUUUCAAAUGUAGAUAAUGUACUUGCUAACAAAUUAAGCGAAAUGAGAUUGCGUUUAGAUGAAACGUCAAAAAGCUUGCAAAGUGAAAAAGAUCAAAAGUCAUUCUUGCUUGUUAAGAUUGAAACAUUGACUGCUGAAUUACACAGUGCCAAAAUGGAAUUAGCUCAUAGUGAUAGAACACUUGGUUCCACAGAUUCUAGUCAUAGUGAAGUAGAGAGAUUGCAAAACGAGUUGCAAGACGAAAUUGCCGCAAAACAGGUGUUAGAAGAAAAAAUUGCUGAACUAAAAAUGGAAAUAGAGAGGCUCAAAUCGGAAAAUACAGUUCAGUGGAGUAAACGAGAACUCUUAGAAACGGAAAACAUAGCUAUAUUACGAGAAAACAAAAAGCUAUACAGCCAGGUCUGUGAGUUGAGAGAACAGAUACACAAACUUAACAGAAUAUCUGACGGUAGUAUUUACGGAGUGCCCUACAAUGAUCACAAUAGUAGAUUGGAUACAAAUGUGUUAUAUAUUAGGAAGACUAGUGUCAGUCCAAGAUCUCAUGAAUCUAGUAAUGGUUCGUCUGAAGCGAAUUUAGCGCACAUGGACACAAAAACAAAUACUUCAGGGGAAGAUGAUGAAUUAGCCAUUGUGGAAAGGGAUGAUAAUUGAUAAAAGUUAACUUACCUUUUUGUUGACACAACUCAGAUGACACAACUAAUUCAGUUGUUUUUCAAUAUUUUCAUAUAUCUAAAAUGUCAGUUUUAAAAAGUAUUUAUUUGCAUUUAUAUUUUUUUGCGAACUCCAAUCAUGGAAAUUCAUUCAAGUUUAUAAAUAAAAAAUGUUAAAAACAUUCCAUGCUUCCAAGUGUAAUAAUUAGGAAAAAAAUAUGAUUGUACGAAAUCACUAAAGCCAGAUUUUUUUUUACUUUAAAUGCAUGCAAUAAGUUUUAAAUAGAUCUGUAGAAUAUAAUAUGCACUUGCUCUUUUGUGUGAUA